AAAGACUUGUUAUGUAAUAAUCUGAAUUUCAGAACUCCGCUGUACUUAGUUCACUUUACUGGCUUGAAGGCGAAAGCUGUCAAUUCUGUCAAUAUCAUAGAGAUCUGAGUAGCUUUAGUUGUCGAAGUAAACAAGGCACACUUGAAUAAUCUUUCUUUCCACAUGACUAGAUGUGGUUGAAAAUAUCGACAGGCAAGCUUUGAUUGAUUCACAGAAGGAAAGCAUAGUUGUAUUCAGGAAACAACAAGAAAAGGAAGUCCUAUGGCUACCGUGGAAACAAAAAUGCCUGCGUUACCUGAGACAAACGGAAGAGAAGCUGAGCAUGGUAUUGAAAUUACAAGAGACGUCAUCAUCGACCUAAGGAACUCUGUGGUGACAGAGCUGCAGCUUUCAGACAUAAGUGAUGACGUAGGUACUUGCUGGCGUGAGUUGGGACCAAAGCUUGAUAUCUCUGCCGCAAAAAUCCAAAACCUAGACGACGAUUAUCGUUGUAAUCGCGACAAAGCAAACGCCUUACUCCUUAUGUGGAAACAGAAAGAAGGGAGCAGCGCAGUGGUAGAGCGUCUUGUGGAUGCUUUAGAAAGCAUUGGAAAAAAAUGCAUCGCAGAAAAGCUGCUUGGAUUGGAUGAUGGAAAAUUGCCGAGGUGUGGAAACAUUCCCAAGGGCUAUGCUAUUAGUUUAACAGUUAUUCAUAACCUGGGAGCAGGGCUUGAUAAGCUUUUGGUGUGCGAAGAUGCGCAGGGAAAUAAAUACAUGGUGAAGGCAUUCAACAGCAGUGACAAACUUUUAAAAUUGGAAGAGCAGACACUGGUAAGCAGGAGAUUCUUAGAAACUGUCGUUGAGGCGAGGCAGGAAAGUCUAAAGCGUUAUAUUUCAUCAGAACUUCAGGACCUGAGGCUCCAACUGGCUUGUAGAAAUGAAGAUACAUCCGAUGCAGAGCUUACAAGCAGUUCAUCUGAUGAUGAAGAGGUGGAUCCACCAAAUGAAGAAAACGUGGGGCACUUGCUUUUGUCAUGUGAGGAACAUCGCAACUUUUGUCAGAGGAUGCUUGGAACUCUUAUUAAGCUGACGGCCGAGGCUGGACGACAAAGUGAAGAUAAUGUCAAACGUGUUCAAGAGCUCUGGGACUUAGCUAUGGAAUACCGGCAGCAGGAUUUAACACUUUUCUCCAAAAUCGAGUUUGUACGCACGCAGAGCCAACUUUCAGACAAACAGCUUACUGGUCGAGUUGAAGAGUUGCAAAAAUGGAAAACGCAACAUGAGGUGCAAUUUAAGGAUGUAGAGAAGCUGCUCUCAGGGUUGCUUCAUCAAGGGAGUAUGGACCGAAGGCCUAACAUUCAAGGAAGGCCGAAGUCGUCUCACCGGAAAACAGUGCCAGAACGCACCUUAAAAGCUCUGCCAGGACAUGGAAGGAAGAAACCCAGACAUUUUUCGGUUGGUGACCCACCAAGAGAGAUUGGAACGAAGAAUCGCUUGUCAUGGCUGACAUCAGACAGAGACAAAGAACCUUGCAUCCUUCUCUCAAUCACAAAACCCUCCAACGAUAAAGAACAUUAAACCAAGGAUUCGGAAGGAAGAGAUAACACAAAAGAACUCAUAGACUGGCUUUGUUUACAGUGAAAAAAUUGAUUAGAAUAAUCUCCCUUUUAAGAAGGCUUCUGCGUGAGAUAUUGUAAGGGGCACCCGAACAACUUUAACUCUGUUUAUCACUCACUGCAUUGUCACUCAAGGAUUAAGAAUAUCACAUGUUUUUUUUUAAAAUAUGUUUUCAUAAAAGGAGAAUCUCAACAGCCGACAAAAGCAAUUACUCAGUAUUCAUCUCAAGUGACUUCUGCUUUUCUAGCAAGUUAAACAUAAAAUAAAAUUCUUAAGCGCACGGAAAAAACUAAUUAGUUGAUCAGCUUUCAGUAUUUUCUUUAGAUUGUGUUAUUGUUGGAGGAUUCACGAUACCCCGAGAUAGACCACUUAUAUACUUAGAUGGCGAUGUGCUGUUUCUCAGUAACAUUUUAAUUUCAUUACAAGUAUCUCCAACAUGUCUUGGACGCCACUCUCUUUUUAUAAUUGCUGAUUUGCAAUCUUAUGAAUAAAGAUUUGGAAAUGCAAAGACUGACAAAAACCAACGAUAAAAACCGACGUUUCGGUGUCAUCAUGACGCCAUU